GCCGGCAGCACUGAGACUACAAAUGUUUCCGCGAUAAGAUAAGAUCUCGUUCGGGUUUAGAAUAUCUCGAUCACUAAGCACAAUUCAUCUUUCAAGCUCUAGCAAGUUGUUUGACUCCAUUAACAACCACUUCAUUGUACUUUCACCGCCAUUUUGUUAUGAUUGCGCUACAGCAAGCUCAGAAUGUUCCCGACCCAUUAUCGGUACCAGCUAAUGCACCAGAACAUUGUCCUGGUACUGAGUCCGAACUCGCAGGCAAAUCAGAUGCUUGUGCAGGAUGUGCAAACCAGGAAAUUUGUGCUUCAGGGAAAGCCCGCGGACCCGAUCCAGCACUCCCUUUCGUAAAUGAGCGUAUGGCGAACGUGAAGCGAAAGAUCCUCGUUCUUUCAGGAAAAGGUGGGGUCGGGAAAUCUACGUUCACAGCACAACUGGGAUGGGCAUUUGCUGCUGACGAGGAAUUACAGACCGGCAUCAUGGACGUUGAUAUAUGUGGACCUUCAAUACCUACCAUCCUUGGAAUCGCCUCUGAACAGGUUCAUUCGUCCUCAUCCGGCUGGUCCCCAGUAUACGUUCAGGAUAAUCUUGGCGUUAUGUCAGUCGGCUUCAUGCUUCCAUCCUCACGCGACGCCGUAAUGUGGAGAGGGCCUAAAAAGAAUGGUCUUAUAUCUCAGUUCCUGAAGGAUGUUGACUGGGGCACCCUGGACUAUCUCCUGGUUGACACCCCUCCCGGCACAUCCGACGAACAUCUCAGCAUUGUAUCAUAUCUGAAGGAAAGCGGGAUAGACGGCGCAGUAGUCAUUACAACACCUCAAGAAGUUGCCCUUCAAGACGUCCGUCGCGAGAUUGAUUUCUGCAAGAAAGUCGGCAUUCGGGUACUUGGUUUGGUAGAGAACAUGUCGGGUUUCGUAUGUCCGAAUUGCAAGAAUGAGUCUCAGAUCUUCAAGCCAAGUACCGGUGGUGGCCGCCGGUUGGCGGAGGAUAUGGGAGUCGAGUUUCUCGGAGCGGUCCCACUUGAUCCUCGGAUAGGGAAAAGUGCGGAUUAUGGCGUUAGCUUUUUGGACGAAUACCCAGACAGCCCGGCAACAACUGCAUACCUUGAUAUCAUAGAGAAAAUUAAGCAACAGCUAGGAGACUAGUCGCAUAAUUAUGGCUUGCAAUCAUCCGGACCUUAUGUAUCAUUAACAUUUUCUAUUGCACUUGUAUCGAUAUCCAAUCAGUAUUAAAGCGUGAUCAAAUGCAUGUUCGAGUAUACUCUAUCAUCAGUUCUAUCUACUAUACAUCAUAGAUCUUCCAGCCAUACAAUGAACCUACCAAUUAUUCUAUAGUGAAACGACGCUUACGAUCCCCAGCAUCGUCUAAUGAACCUUCUUCCUCCUCCUCGACAGCAUGCUCGUCUACUUCCUCAAGCUCCAUUGGA